AUGACCGGCGGCAGCAGCAGCACCCGGCGUCCGACCGCCGCUGCCAGGAGCCGCGGGAGGCCCUCUGAGGCCUCGGAGCCGGAGCCAAGCGCACGCCGAGCCGCGGCCGCAGCGGCGCGGCGCCGUGGCCGCGGCGACCAUGGGCCCCUGCGCCUCAUGGACGUGAGGCCCCGAACCCUCGCGCUCUUCGUGAUUGCUUCCUUCGCCCUCGUGUCGGUCGCCUUCGUGGUGUAUACUGGUGGGUGGUGGGAGGAGGCGGAAGGCGAGGGCGCGGCGACGCUGCGAAAGGUCAUGCGCUCCGUAACGCCGCUGUCAGCGCCCAGGAUGAUGGAUCUGCCUCAGUUUCAAAGUAACCACAAGGAAAGUUUGUAUUGGGGCACUUAUAGACCAAAUGUGUACCUUGGAAUUCGUGCAAGAACCCCCCUGUCUCUAAUUGCUGGAUUGAUGUGGAUUGGCUUGAAAAAUGGACAAUACUUUCUUCGUCAUGUUUGCCAAGAUUCUGAUGAGCUGAGCACAUUUGGGUGGACAGCUCACAAUGGUAGGGAUUAUGGACGUCAAGUGCUGGUUGAUCAUGGCCUAUUCUUGACUACUAGUUUUCUGAAAGAGAAAGGAGAGAGCAGUGGUUAUGGUGGAGACUGGGCAGUUCGAUUGGACGCUAACAGCGAGAGAGGCCCUGUUCUUUUGGCAUCUGGGUCGCAUGAGGAGAUUGGUGAUUGGGAAUUGUACUUGAGAUCUGAGGACAAUUUGGAAAUUCACAGAGCUGGAUUCAAAUCAACGAGUAUGCAUAAUCUGAGUGACCUAGUACAACAAGCUGUUGCGACUAAUGCAAUGCAAACUGGAAACCUUAAUCUACCAGACAUUACUGAGGAUUCUUCAAAUAUAAUGGUCUAUCAGGUUUCCAUAAAGACUCCUGCUCAAAUAGACAUAGUAUUCUUGUCAGGGUCUUCCUCAAAGUCUCCAGUGAUUGAAGAGCGGAUUAGCAAGCUAACAGGUCCCAUGCUGAGUACCCGUCUUGAAACAAAACAAAAGGAAUUUGAAGAGAAAUAUGAUCGAAUCUUCAAUGUAAAUAAUAAGAUUGAUUCCAGAGAAUUAUCUGUUGGUAGAGCUGCCUUGUCAAGUCUUCUUGGCGGUGUUGGCUACUUCUAUGGGCAGUCCAAAAUUGCACUUCCGAAAGGUUUUACACAAAAAAAUGGGGAUAAAUAUAUUCCAUAUUGGCCCGCUGCGUUAUAUACAGCUGUGCCCAGCCGCUCAUUCUUUCCAAGGGGAUUUCUGUGGGAUGAGGGCUUCCAUCAAUUAGUCAUUUGGCGUUGGGAUGUGCAUAUAUCUAUGGAUAUCAUUGGACAUUGGUUAGAUCUGCUUAAUUCAGAUGGAUGGAUUCCUAGGGAGCAAAUCUUAGGAGCUGAAGCUUUAAGUAAAGUUCCUGAGGAGUUUGUUCUGCAGUACCCUUCCAAUGGGAACCCUCCAACUUUAUUUCUUGCGAUACGUGAUUUGGCAAGUGGAAUACAUGCACAUCAGUUUUCAGAUGAGGAAGCUGAAAAGAUUUCCAGUUUUCUUGAAAGGGCUUAUAUACGGCUAAAUUCUUGGUUUCAGUGGUUCAACAGUACACAAUCAGGUAAAUACGAAGGCACCUUCUAUUGGCAUGGAAGAGACAACAUAACAACAAGGGAGUUGAACCCAAAGACUCUGACAUCUGGAUUGGAUGACUAUCCUCGUGCAUCUCACCCUAAUGAUGAAGAACGGCAUGUUGACCUUCGUUGUUGGAUGCUUCUAGCUGCAAAUUGCAUCCGUUCCAUUGCAGAGUUUCUUAAAAUGGAUGGUGCUCUUGAGAAGGAUUACUAUAAGAUAUCAAAUCAACUUUCUGAUUUCGGAACACUUAACAAGUUGCACUUGGAUGACAAAAUUGGUGCUUAUUUUGAUUAUGGUAACCAUACUGAAAAGGUUCGAUUGAGAUGGUUUGAUGUGAAAGACAAGGAUACUAUGAGACGAGAGUUCUUGCGGGAAACAUUACAACCCCCUCAGCUGCAAUUAGUACCCCAUGUUGGCUAUGUCAGCCUCUUCCCAUUCAUGAUGGGGACUAUUCCACCUGAAUCGUGGGUUCUUGAGAAGCAGCUCGAUCUGAUAUCUAAUACCUCUAUAUUGUGGACAGAUUAUGGCCUUCGAUCACUUUCUAGAAAAAGUUCAAUAUAUAUGAAGCGUAACACAGAGCAUGACCCGCCUUAUUGGAGAGGUGCCAUUUGGAUAAACAUGAACUACAUGGUACUUUCCGCACUACAUCAUUAUGCACAUGAGGAUGGUCCAUAUAGCGGCAGGGCAGGGGAAUUGUAUGACAAGCUAAGAUCAAAUCUUAUCCGGAAUAUCGUGCAGAAUUACGAUGAAACGGGGUUCUUCUGGGAAAACUAUGACCAGAAGAACAAAGGAAAGGGAAAGGGUGCACGGUCAUUUACUGGAUGGACUUCACUUAUUGUUCUGAUCAUGGCAGAGUCCUACCCAACAUUGCAUAGGUGA